AUGGAGCCUUCUGUCAGGACCAUUUACCUGCCACGCAACGAGUGGUAUGAGCUACAGGAACACCUCGCCUCUUGCCAUCAAAUCCGUCGUGGCAUCAUCAAAUUAUUCUACAAUCUCAGCCAGCAACACCUAACGAUGUCUGUCACCACUCCCUUGCACACAGAAGCCGGUGGGCACCUGGAGGAAGGCAUCAAUGUUGUCGGGUACCUGAGUGAACAACUCAGGUACACCAAGAUCAAGGCGGAGAGUAGCGGUGCAGCACCAUACUGUGUCACGUCAGAGGGCAAGGUGCUCCAGCAGGUCGCUGACCACAAGCUGUCGGUCGUUCUUCGCCAAGAAUUCAGGCGCCUGCAGGGCCAACGUAGGCUCACUCGAGGAGCCGAAGUACAGCCUCCCCCAUUCUCUUGCGAGCUCACCAAUGUGGAGACGUCCCACAGCAAGCACAAUGGUCAUGUUUUACACAAAGCUACUGUGAGAUCCAGUCUCAUGACCAAGUUUGCUCCUACAGAGGUGGAGGGUGUAGUUUUGUUGCCUGCACCUGCCCUGGCAGCCACUUCCUCGUCUACCCUCGCCAGCCCAGCAGGUGCUCAGGCCUUGGCCCAAUCCCCUUCUCUCCGUCCACCAGCCACUUCCUCAUCUACCCUCACCAGCCUGGCAGGCGCUCAGGCCCAGGGCUGUCCACGGCGGUGGUCUACCAAGCCAGCCCAGGCCCCAGCUCAAUCCCCUUCUCCCAGUCCAGUGCGGCAGUCUAUCAAGCCAGAGGGAGAAGAGAUUGAGAUAUUUGGUAUCGUCCCGGUCAUCAUCAUCAACCUCCAGGACGGUUCAAUGGCAAAGGGAGGUGGAAAGCCUGUGGGCUGUAAGAUGGUCACCUUCACCUCAGCGGAUGGCAUACUCGAGUUGGAAAUGGCACCCCUCAAAGACGCGGAUUCUUUCUUUGGCCAACUCUGGCAGGGGGACACACUACUCACCCCAGAGAGGUCAGCUGCAAUGCUUGUCUUCCCAGACAGAGAGGGUCUGGAGCGCCUGAGGAAGGGCGUUGAGGCUGGAUGGAGUGCAGAGCGGUUCAUCGAGGAAGGAGAUGGCAUGCACAUUGUCCCAGACGUCCCAGAGGCACCAGGUGACGGCACCCAGCAAAGCCCCACAGUACGGCAGGAAUACCUGAGGAUGAUACCAGUGUGGGAGCAGUACGUGCGGCAACUUCGCUAUAUGCAGUGCGCGUACGAAAAGCUGGCCAUCAAUGUGAUGCAUGGCACCAAAUCUGACGAGGCGACUGCGUGGCUUAAAGACAUCCUCCCUCGGCUCAAGGCACAAGAGGCACAAUUGCCUGAGGGUGUCGCAAAGGAGGACGACUUCGGCCUCGCAUAUGUGGUAGACCUCAUUGCCGAAGGUCUCGCACAGGCGGCAGAAAAAAUGGCGGUGGAAAAGCACCAAAGUAGCUUCUCGGCGCAGAACAGUUACCCCAAGGUCUUGUUGGCCGCCAGCAUGAAGCGGACCCAUGGCGAUCCGUGCUGGAUUGAUAUCAAUGAGGGCCACCUCGAUGAUGGCUACCAAUACCUGCUCGAAGGGACACUGACCAAGAAACUGCAGUACCAGAGCCCGCCCACGUCGGCCUACCUGUUCACCGACUGA